CCUCCUCCCCUGCUUGCGAUUCUUCAAGAUUACUAUCCACUAAAUCUCCAACUAAAUUUCCACUAUCUUGGCAUUCUAUCUAUUUUUGUUGGUUUACGAAAUUUAAUCCCAAUGUUUUUUAAAAACUCUAAAGAUCAAUAAAUUUUCAAUUUUAGAUUGUCUGAAACUGGUUCGUUUUUAAGACUUCCUACUUGCGAUUCUUCAACAUUUCUGUACAUAUCAGAUCGUACUUUUAUUCAUUAUAUUUUAAUAAAUUUUAAUGGCUCGUUCUCGAUCACGUUCCCCAACUUCUCGUAAUCAACAUGGUCGUUCAUCUGUGAGACGUCGAUCAAGAUCUAGAUCUUAUGAUAAAAGGCGAAGAGAAAUGUCUUAUAGAAGGGAUGAGGGUUUUAGCAGAGAGCGACUAAGACGGGAUCGAAUACAAGAAGCUAUCAUCAACAGCAGCAAAAGAUCAAAAGAUGCUUUGGAAAGAUCUUCAGAUUUGAUGAGGGAUAGAAGAUCAACACGCGAAAAAAAUGAUGAUAGACUUCGUUCGGAAUUAGAAAAUUUAAAGAAUGUUGAUGAUGAAUAUGAUAAAAGUUAUAAGAAGCACAAAGAAAAGAAGGAGAAGAAAAAGAAGAAACAUAAACGAGAAAAAAAUGGCAAAGAACCUAAAGCAAAGAAAUCAAAAAGAAAAGAUGCCGCAGACGAAACUGAUUUAGAUUCAGAUGACGAGAAGCAGUUAAUUGAGCAAAGAAGAAAACAGCGUUCUGAGCUUUUGGAAAAGAUUAGAAGCGAGAAAGGAAUGAUUGAAGGUGAACCCAUGCACAGUGAAACCCCAAAUCCUCCUGAGGUUGUUGUGGAGGAAAACAACUCGCAAAAUAAAGAUAUUGAGAGCGGUUCGAGUUCUGACGGUGACGAUAGUCAAGAAAUUGCAAGAGAAGAAGCUGAACUUGAGAAUGAACAAAAGGAAUCCAAAGUCGAUAGACUUUUACGCGAAGCUAUUGAUGUUCUUAAAGAAAGUGGAACAAAAAUAACAGAUGUGGAAGCUUCUCCAAUUUCUUCACCUCAACUUUCUCAAGCAUCGGAUGAUUUGGUAGAUUUCUUUGGAGAGCAAUGUGCAAAGAUAUCACACAUUCGUAAUAGAGAUGAGGCUGAACGUAUACGUAAACAAACAGAACAAUCGAUUCAAGAAGAAAAGUCUAAAAUGGAUAAAAUUUUAGGGGAAAAGAUUCUAGAUGAAGAUAUCGAACGUUUAGAAUCUGAACGGGAAAAGACAACAAAACCAGAUAAUACAAAGAUUGAAUCACUUCACUUUGACAUGUUUGCUGAUGAGGCACCAGUUGAGCUUCUCUCUAAAGCUGCUACAAUCGAAACGAAUGAUUUAACAACAGCUGCAUUAAAAGACAAUUGGGACGAUACUGAAGGAUAUUACCGAGUCAGAAUCGGAGAACAAUUAGAUGGUCGCUAUCGUGUUUAUGGUUACACAGGAUCUGGAGUAUUUGGAAAUGUUGUUCGUGCGACAGAUAUGAAUAGAACUGCUUCCAAAGUGGCUAUCAAAAUUAUUAGAAACAAUGACCUAAUGAGGAAGACAGGUGUUCGUGAAUUGGAAGUAUUGAAAAAACUUAACGAGGCAGAUCGUCUCGAUAAAUAUCACAUUUUGCAACUUUUUAGGCAAUUUUAUCAUCGAAAUCAUCUCUGUCUGGUUUUUGAAAAUUUAAGUAUGAAUUUACGAGAAUUAUUAAAGAAAUAUGGAAAUAAUGUUGGUCUUCAUAUGAAAGCUGUUCGCUCUUAUGCUCAACAAUUGCUUUUGGCUCUAAAGUUGUUAAAACGUUGCAACAUUCUUCACGCAGACAUUAAACCAGAUAAUAUUUUGGUUGACGAAACAAAAAUGCAUCUUAAAUUAUGCGAUUUUGGUUCGGCUUGUCAUGUUGGUGACGUUGAGCCUGCUCCCUACUUAGUUUCACGUUUUUAUCGGGCACCGGAGAUUAUGCUUGGACUGCAAUAUGAUUUUGGAAUUGAUCUAUGGUCGCUUGCAGUUACUCUUUAUGAGGUUUAUACGGGAAAGAUUAUGUUCCCAGGAAAGUCAAACAACCAAAUGCUUAAAUUUAUGAUGGACCUUCGUGGAAAAUACCCUAACAAGGUGAUACGGAAGGCAUUGUUUAAGGACCAACAUUUUGAUAACAACUGCAACUUUAUUUAUCACGAGACAGAUAAAGUUACUGGAAAGGAUAAAGUCACUGUUCUCGCAAAUAUUAAAAUGCAAAGAAAUUUAUUUGCAGAAUUGGCUGGUGACCAAGAAUUGGAUAAAGAUGGAUAUACUCGUGUAGAACACUUCCGUUCUUUACUUGAGCAAAUGACAACAUUGGACCCAGGAAAGCGAAUUACGUGCUCAGAUGCUUUGAAGCAUCCUUUUAUAAUAGAAAGGUGA